AUGGGAAAGAGCAACAAUGUCACAGAAUUUGUCCUCUUGGGCCUCACUCAGGACUCUGUGGGGCAAAAAGCGUUAUUUGUCAUGUUUUCACUCACAUACAUCAUGACGAUGGUGGGAAACCUGCUAAUUGUGGUGACAGUUUUUGCCAGCCCCUCCUUGGAUUCUCCAGUGUACUUCUUCCUUGCCUACCUGUCACUCAUGGAUGCUGUUUAUGCCACAGCCAUCUCACCCAGGUUGCUUAUAGACUUACUUUGUGAGAAAAAGACCAUUUCCUUCACAGCUUGCUUGGCCCAGCUCUUUGUAGAGCAUUUGUUUGGUGGUGCUGAUGUUUUCCUUCUGGUGGCAAUGGCCUACGAUCGCUAUGUGGCCAUCUGUAAGCCUCUGCACUAUUUGACCAUCAUGAGUCAGCGGGUUUGUAUCUCCCUGUUGGUGGUGGCCUGGACUGGAGGGUUUGUACAUGCCCUGUUUCAAGUUCUUAUUGUACAUAAACUUCCUUUCUGUGGCCCCAAUGUUAUUGAUCACUUUGCCUGUGACAUAUACCCAUUAUUGGGACUUGCAUGCGCUGACACCUACUUUCUUGGCCUUAGUGUAAUUGGCAAUAAUGGAGCCAUGUGUACGGUCAUCUUUAUCCUUCUACUAAUCUCCUACGGGAUCAUUCUAAAUUCUCUUAAAACACAUAGUCAGAAAGGGAGACGCAAAGCCCUGUCCACCUGCAGCUCCCACAUCAUGGUGGUUGUCUGCUUUUUUGUUCCCUGUAUUUUCAUGUAUGUUAGACCUGUUUCCAACUUUCCUGUUGAUAAAUUCAUUACUGUGUUUUAUACAAUUUUUACUCCUUUGCUGAAUCCUUUAAUAUAUACCUUGAGAAAUACAGAGAUUAAAAAUGCUAUGGAAAAGUUCUGGUGUAAAAUGUUAACUCUAGAUAGAAUAAGAGUUUCUCCUCACUGA